GAGCUUGUGAUGGCAGUAUGGCGCGCGUGAAGGUGAACGUAAACUAAAAACGUUCCAACACGGAUUGUCGUAGCUCGUCAGUUGCUGUGUUUCCCCGGCGGUUCACAGAAGAACGGUGUGCACUUCCUCUCAGGAUACAGGUUUGAAGUCCUCCCUGUGCUGCGCUCAGCGGGCAUGGCCGGCCUGUCCAGCUACGCCGUGCGCAUGGCCAGACUGAGCGCACAGAUCUUUGGGGGUGUGGUGCGCGAGACAGACUCCAAGUCCAUGAAGGUGGUCCAGCUGUUCCAGGAGACCCCCAUGGCCAAGAGGAAGGAGGUGUACAACUGGUACCCAGAGCACAAGAUCUACUACGCCAUGACCCAGAAGCUGCGGUACAUGGGGCUGUUCAGAGACGAGCACGAGGACUUCAAGGAGGAGAUGCGUCGCCUGAAGAAGCUGAGAGGGAAAGGGAAACCAAAGAAAGGAGAGGGGAAGAGGGCGAGCAAGAAGAAAUGAGCGGCCGUUCUUUUCUUCUUCGUUUUCCAUGCAGGCAGAGCACAUGACGACACUGUUCACCCCUCUGCUGUCCUGAAGGAGGGCAGGAAGCGGCUCUUCUGACCCCUGACCUCCCAGGGAGAAUCAAGAUGGCAGCACAUGAGCUGAUAAUCACCAAUAGUGUUCAACAUCAGAUCAAACAUGUCAAUAAAGAUGGGAAAAACAAACAAG